AUGGGUACCAUCAACAUAGGUUGGGCUUGGAAAGAUGAUCUGCUGAUUGAUUAUGAGCAGCUUGAGGCUAAAUUGAAAAGCAGAAUCACAAAGAAUCUUCACUUGAAGUUCCUCUCCCUCCUGGCCGGUCUCUGGCGGACUGUGAGUUGGCCAGUUGUCCGGUUGCUGUGUGCUGGACACCGUCCCUGCCCGAGCUCCCCGGUGCUCCCGAGAACCGAGGACACGGGCGCCUCCAGCGACUGGGAGGAUCGCAGCUCACUCCGAGCUCUCCAGGAACGCUACGGCGCUGACGAGGAGGAGGAGGAGGAGGACGUCUUCGGAACGUCCUCGGAGACCGGGCCCCGCCAUUCCGGCUUCUCCCCCGAUCGGGGGAGCCCAUUCCCCCGGGAGCACCGCUCCCUGUGCGGCAAUGGUUUGUACUCUGUUGAGGACGUAAACGCGUGUCCCACAUCUACUCCACGACACACAUCAGACGGAGGAAGGUCUGUCUGGAAGGGGAGCCCGAACGUGAGUGGGAUCAGCCAGGAUUCUCCAGGCCGAGUGUACCCACCCGCUGCCCACCAUCUGAAGGUCGAGGAUGAGGGGCAGGCAGCUGGCACCGCCCUCUUCAUGCCCAGGAACCUCCUCAGCCUCUUUGACCAGUCAAUGGAGUGUGACUGAGGGCACCUGCCCCUUCUCCUUCAACCCGCCUCAGUCUGUGGCCCUCUGCUCUAGGUAAAUCCUAUCCCGACACCCGGAGUUAUCACUGUCAUCCCCUGGCCAGAGAAUCGCGAACAGAGGAGGGAUCCAAGGGUGAACUUUGCUAUUAAAUUUAUUCUCCGGUUUGUAAACAUAUCUAUCUGCUGAAUAACACUGGUUCGGUGUUCCAGUGUGUUCUUUAGCUGCUUUGGGUACCACGCAAUGGGCACUGGGAGGGCGAGCGCAAGGGUUGGCAUGGGUGAGGGGGGGGGGAGAUAGAGGGAGGGCGAGCGAGGGUCGGCAGGGGUGAGGGAAGGAGGGAGAAAGCCGGGAGGGUGGGAAGGGCGGAGGAUUCAGUGGACGUGGCGUGCGUCGAACGAGCUGGAGUUUGAAGUCCUGCAAACAACCUGCUGCGCACACUCUGCGCUGAACUGUCCCUCUCGCCCUCCUCUGCCAGAGGAGCGGCGGGUCUGGAUUCUCAGUGUUUGUACAAAAAGGGGAAAUGGUGUGUGUCCCCAUGGCGGAGGCGACCUCCUGGCUGUGCCGCGGCGACCCCCUGGGUCUGGUUUCACCUCCGUUUGUUGGGUCAAAUAGAAAAAAAAA